AAAUAUACACCCUUUUUUUUGUGUGUGUUUUUUUUUCUUUGACUGCGUGUGUGCUUGUUUUGACCCCGUACCAAUGCAAAUGUGGCUUAUGUGUUUUUCUUUUUCUUUUUUUUUUAUUAUUGUGUGAACACCCUGACUCCUACGGGUCCGAUCCGCAAUCGGAACGUGCGGCUGCCCUGCUGCACCAGGACGCACCGCUUCCCUCCUUGUCUCUGCACUGCGACGACCGCUGGGGCCACCGUGUGACGCUCAGUAGCGCACAAAAAAACAACAACAUGAACAAAUUCGACGUCACAAAGAAGAAGUUCCGGGAGAGCAGCACACGGCUGCAGCAAGAAAGGCGAACGACGAGGUUGAUACCGGCGAGACCAGCAGGGGCGGGCAUACGGGUCAGGACAGCACCGACUCGCCUCAGACCAUCAAUGUGCAGGCUAGCUCUGUCACAAAGAGAAGAGCAGUCACGACCAGAGGAGCAACAGACAGCCCGACCGCCAGCAAGAACGGCCGUGGCGACCGAUAGAGGCGGACGGACCCGGAUCGCCCAUGUUCCUCGCAGCUCUCUUGAGGCAGUGACCGACGGAAGUGUCCAGGAACAACAGGGAGAACGGGCAAGGACACCGUCGCCAGACCGGGACAGCCUGGAGCUACACCCGAUGGACAUGUAUACACAAGCGGCGGAUGCACAGGCAGAGGAAGCAACACAAAGCCAGGAGACAGAGGCACGCCCAGACGCACAGGCGCCACGAGUGGAGUGGUUCACAAACGAGAUAGGGUGGAUCGUACCCAGAGAUGCGACGAUGUCAGCCAGGGCGGUCAACGAAAUCAAAGAGAGAUGGAACAGGAGGAGAAAGGGGAAACAGCAGAGUAUCCUAGGAUGGACGACCAAAAGACGUGGAAGGUCAUCUUUGGAGGGGGAAGCCGUAUCACGAUAAGACACUUCGUGCCUUCUCAAGAGGGGGGGAGGUGUGACGCUCAGGAGCGCACAAAGUAAAUAUAAUAACAUAAGCAGUAGCUAUAGAUAGUCGUUAAGUAGGCAAGAAGCCGAAAUAGUUAUAAGUUCAAUACCGUACAAAGGCAAGAAGCCGAAAUAAUUAUAAGUUCAAAGGCAAGAAGCCGAAAUAAAUUUAAGUUAAAUGGAAAUAUUCAAAUUUAAAUAUCCGGGCGGGCGCGCCAAACAAAGGAAACGGUCACACUGACCAAUAGCCACCACAAGCCACACGCGGUAU